AUGUGGGUGACACGUCUUUUUAUAUUUAUUGCCUUUGUGCGAUUAACGAGGACAUAUACUGUCGAGAAAGUUAAAAAGUACAAAAACUACAAAUACUACGAUGUAAAAGGUAGAAGCAGCUCCUUGGAAGAUUUGAAAACUUUACUACAAGAGAAAGAUAUAUACGCAUACCUUGCAGACGUAAGUAGGUCGCAUCCAGAAUGGGCAGAGGUGAUAGUGGGCGGAAAGAGUUACGAGGGACGUGAAAUACGAGGGCUCAGAAUAAAUACGCCGGUCGACGGUGACGAUAAUCCGAAUAAGCCUGUAUUUUUUAUCGAAUCAGGAAUACAUGCACGAGAAUGGAUAGCUCCAGCCACGACUACGUACUUCAUCAAUCAACUGCUUACCAGCAACGAUCCUAAUGUAACAAGAUUGAGGGAUCAAUUUGACUGGCGGAUCUUCCCCACUGUUAAUCCCGAUGGAUAUCAUUACAGCUAUAUAUUUGAUCGUUAUUGGAGGAAGACUCGUUCACUUUCGAAAAACGGUUGUAUAGGUGCUGAUCCAAACAGAAAUUGGGAUUAUAAUUGGGGACAAUAUUCAUCAUCAGAUAAUCCGUGUGACUAUCAGCUAUAUGCUGGUUCGAAGCCGUUUUCAGAAAUAGAAACGCGAACCCUAUCAUCAUAUAUCUCAAACAUCGAUAACCUUUUAUUUUAUGUGGCUUUUCAUUCUUAUGCGGCAUUGUUAUUGGUUCCGUACUCAGAUUCAACUGACCACAUCGACAAUUAUGAUGACUUGGUAAAAAUCGGUAACGUUUCUCUAGAAUAUGGAUACAAGGUGAAUCAAAUAAGAUAUGAUGGACCUGGUACCGCUGCGGAGACCCUGUAUAAAGCAUCAGGUGGAAGUAUGGAUUGGGUUCGUAACAAAUUGAAUACACCACUCGUUUACACAUAUGAGUUACGCGGUAAUUCUUUCCACUGGCCAGCGUCGAAGAUCCCAGAACAAGGAAAGGAAGUCACUCAAAUGAUGAUCGGCUUAACAAAAGAAGCUCGCAACCUUGGUUACUAUUAA